AUGUUCUGUAUAAUUUCUGUGCACCUCAUCAUGGAUCUAUUACUUAUAAGUUUGCUGCUGCAAUUUAGUUUGGCAAGUGCAGGCUAUUUUUAUCCUCAACGAGCUCCUCAGCAACCAUCCUACAAUUCACAACAGAAAUGGGCACACAGUAAUGCACAAGCCUCAACAAGGUUGUAUGCAAAGAAUAAAGGCCAUGCCGCAGCCGCGUCUGGAUACGGAGGUUCACGUCGUUGUAGCAAGAAAGUAGACUUCGUGUUUCUCUAUGAUAAUUCAGCCAGUAUAGUGAUAAACCAUCCUUCAAACUUUGAACGAAUAAAGGAAUUCAUGAAAGAUAUCGUGAUGUCCUUCUCAAAUAUUGGAUCAUUAGGUGCACAGUUCUCAGCGGUAGGGUUUUGCGGACAAGUCACUAACAGUUUUUCCUUGAAAGAUCAUGGAAAUAAAGCUGGUGUAAUAUCUGCAAUAAACUCUUUGCAGUCAGCACAUGGUAAAUACACCGGGAUAGGACUUGGAUUACAGUAUGUAUACAAGAACAGUUUUAAUACAGUGAACGGUGGAGGGAGAGCAGGAGUAAGAGAGAUAGUCGUCGUACUGACAGACGGCGAAAACAAUGUACCGCCACCACCAGUCUCACAAGCGCAACUUCUAAAAAAUUAUGGAGUCAUAAUCGUGGCUGUAGGUGUUGGGUCAAAAACUGAUGUCAACCAACUUAAUCGCAUAGCUUCAAGACCUGAUCUUGUGUUCCAUGUUGACUCGUUUAACGCUUUGCCAGCCAUUAGCUCAGGAAUAGUACAGGUCACAUGUCAAGAGACAAGCAGAAGGCCAGUUACCCCUACUUGCGCAAGACAAGAAGACAUCGUAUUCAUGUUCGAUGAUUCAUACAGUAUAUUCCAUAACAAUCCACAAAAUUUUAACAUGAUGAAAGAUUUUAUGAAGGACAUAGUUGGUUCUUUCACAGCAAUUGGACGUCAGGGAACUCAAUUUUCCUCUGUGUGUUUUGCAAGCAAAGUGACAAAUCACUUUUACCUCAAAGAUUACUCAUCUCGAGCUGGUAUUGUGAGUGCUAUAGAUCGUAUCGUACCCUCAAACGGAGCUGCCACAGCAAUUGGCUUAGGGUUACAGUUUGUUCGGCUGAACAGUUUCCUGGUGAUAAAUGGCGGACAAAGACAUGGUGUCAGAGAACUAGUCAUCGUUCUUACUGAUGGUAGAAAUAAUCGUCAACCAGAUCCGGUGCAACAGGCUAAUAUUUUGAAAGCUCAAGGUGUUACCAUAAUGGUAAUAGGCGUCGGCUCCGAUGUUGACAUAACACAGCUUGUUAAUAUAGCAUCAGCGCCAAGUUUGGUCUUCCAUGUGGCAUCAGUAUCAUCACUGUUUACUAUACGAGAGGCAAUUGUGGCUACCGCAUGUUUAGAACAAAUGAUUGACACAACGAUACAAGUAAUUGACAUAUCUGGUGCCGUUGGUCAACCUGGCGAGAGAGGAGCUACAGGUAGCACAGGGUCAGCAGGUCAACCGGGCAAUCAAGGUCCAAUGGGGACAAGAGGUCCAAGAGGUCCAGGAGGAAUGAAUGGUCAACCGGGUUCAAAGGGUGAACCUGGCGAUAAAGGAGAAAUGGGUGACAAAGGACCUAGUGGGGAUCCAGGAACGAUGGGUCAACCAGGAAGGAACGGUAGAAGAGGAAACCCUGGCGAACAGGGCACAAAGGGAGAACCAGGCGUCAAUGGAAUGAAUGGAGGACCAGGUGAUCGGGGUAUGAAAGGUGAAACGGGGGACAAAGGUUCUCUGGGAGAUCCAGGAAUGUCAGGACCUAACGGAAUGGAUGGAAUACCAGGCCAACCUGGAAAAGACGGAGGGAGAGGACCUAAUGGAUAUAGAGGCAUGAAAGGGGAACCAGGUGACAAAGGAGAGAUGGGAGGCCAAGGACCUAUGGGAAUACCGGGAAUGGAUGGUAAAGACGGUAAAAAUGGUAAGCCUGGAAAUCGAGGGGAACCAGGAGAAAAGGGAGUUCCCGGUGACCAUGGUAUGCCAGGACAGAAAGGAAGGAGAGGUAGUAAAGGAGGACCAGGAGAUAAGGGAGCUGAUGGCGGUCCAGGACUUCAAGGUCCUAAUGGUUUGAUUGGACCAGCGGGUAAUCCAGGACCUAAUGGCAUGCCAGGAACGGACGGCAAGAAGGGUCCACGAGGCGACAUGGGUGCAAAAGGACAAAAUGGAGACCCGGGUAUGGCUGGGCCUGAAGGUGCUAGAGGAAGAAAAGGACCAAAAGGCUCUUCGGGUAAAGAUGGAACACCAGGAAAUUCCGGCGCCGAUGGAAUACCUGGUUCAAAAGGAGAACCGGGCGAUAAAGGUCUAAUGGGUGACAUGGGACUACAAGGUCCAAGAGGUAACAACGGCGAAAAAGGUUUGCCUGGUGAUUCAGGCAUGCCCGGUAACAACGGAGAUGAUGGGAAACCUGGACCCCGAGGUAUGCGUGGCGAGCCAGGGAAUAAAGGUGAAGAUGGUGGGAAGGGUCCAGAUGGUAUGCCUGGAAUGAAUGGCUGGCCUGGUAAGAAAGGCAAAGAUGGAGUUCCCGGAAGUAGAGGCGAACCUGGCUUCCCUGGUCCAAAUGGUUUACCAGGAAAAACAGGGGAAAUGGGAGGCCCUGGUAUUCCAGGGGUAAAUGGCAAAGAUGGUAUGGAUGGUAAAAAUGGUAAACCCGGUUACAAAGGUCCCAUGGGAGACAAAGGACCACAAGGUCCAUGGGGAUCCAAAGGUCCAAAGGGAGACAAAGGGGACAAAGGUGAGGGAGGAAACAAUGGACGGAACGGAAAAGAUGGAAAGGAUGGUCGAGAUGGUAAAACAGGCAAAAAAGGUCCAUGUGGCGACAAAGGACCAGAUGGAAGGAGCGGUACUAUUCACAUAGUAUUUGACAAUCUCAAGAACGUAGGUUAUACACGUGAUGGUAUUACACAUGCAGGAGCUGCUGCUGCUUCCUCAACUCUCAGUUCAUUCAGCAACACGGGAUUGAACUCCGCUAUUCUCGGUGCUUUACAAAAUGCCGGCGUAUCUAAUUCUCAUUUCCACAUUGGAGGUAGCUCUGUUUCCGGAGUUCAUAGCACAUCAGCACAUCACGCCAGCACAUCUUCACAUCAUGCCAGCUCAUCGUCACACGCUAGUGCAUCGUCACGUCACGUCUCUGGUGUGUCACAUUCAAGCCAAAGUCAUUCAUCAUCUCAUCAUUCAGUCCACCAUUCCAGUUCGUCAUCUCAUUCCGGAAUCAGUUUUAUUGGUUCAGGAGGAGGAGCAGCCUCCCAUGUGAGUAGUGGAGCCGGAAGUGGAGCAUGGUCGCAUGGGAGUUCCGGCAGAGCAUACCCGCGAACCAAGUACGUGGCAGUACCAAAAGUAAAUUAUGGUGUAGCGUAUUCAGGAAGAAAACAUAGUGGAUCGUCAAACAGUGGUUCAACCUAUGGUUCAGGAUUCAAUUAUAGGGGACGCUGAUUAGAUUAAAAUCUGUUUGUAACAAUCUGUUUAAUAAACUAUGUUUAACAGUU